CCGCCCGCCCGCCUCACGCACCCAUCCCCGGGGAGCGAGGAAGCGGGGUGCGGGGACCAUGCUCCAACUCGCCGCCUUCCACACCCACUACUGGCCGCUGGUGCGCUUCCUCGUACCCCUGGCCGUCACCAACAUCGCUGUGGACCUCGGCGAACAGGCACUAAACAGGGGUAUAGCAGCUGUAAAAGAGGACGCAAUUGAAAUGCUUGCCAGCUAUGGGCUGGCCUACUCCCUCAUGAAGUUCUUCACUGGGCCAAUGAGUGACUUUAAGAAUGUGGGCCUGGUAUUUGUUCACAGCAGACGGGAUAGGAUCAAGGCUGUCCUCUGCAUGGUCACAGCUGGCACUGUGGCUGCCGUCUUUCACAUUCUAAUAGCACACACAGAUCUGGGAUAUUAUAUCAUCAACAAAUUACAUCAUGUGGAUGAUUCUGUGGGAGCUAAAACAAGAAAGGCAUUCCUCUACCUGGCUGCCUUCCCGAUGCUGGAUUCAUUGGCAUGGACCCAUGCCGGCAUUCUGUUGAAACACAAAUACAGUCUACUGGUGGGCUGCGCCUCUGUCUCUGAUGUUAUUGCUCAGAUUGUAUUUGUAUCCAUUUUGCUUCACAGUCACUUGGAAUGUACAGAGCCCCUCCUGAUUCCGAUUCUGGCCUUGUACAUGGGAGUCAUGGUCCGGUUUACCAUGGUGGGCCUUGGAUACUACAAGAAUGUGCAUGAUAUCAUUCCUGAGAGAAGUGGACCUGAAAUGGGGGGUGAGGCUACAAUAAAGAAGAUGUUGGCUUUUUGGUGGCCUUUGGCCUUGAUUCUAGCGACUCAGCGAAUAAGCAGACCUAUAGUCAAUUUGUUUGUGUCUCGUGAUCUGGGAGGCAGUCCAACAGCCACAGAGGCUGUUGCAGUUUUGACAGCAACAUAUCCAGUUGGUCACAUGCCUUAUGGCUGGUUGACUGAGCUUCGAGCAGUUUACCCUGCUUUUGACAAGAACAAUCCCAGCAAUAAACUUGGGAACGUGAUCAAUAAGUCACAUAUCAAGAGAUUUACUUUCACCUGCCUGGCUAUCUCUGUCACGUUGUGCUUUGUAGUGUUCUGGACUCCACAUCUGUCGGAGAAAAUUCUGGUUAACCUGAUAGGUGUGAAUUUUGCUUUUGCUGAGCUCUGCGUGAUUCCACUGCGAAUCUUUUCUUUCUUCCCUUUCCCAGUGACUGUACGAGCGCACCUAACUGGCUGGCUGAUGACCUUGAAGAAGACGUUUGUGCUGGCACCCAGUUCAAUCCUAAGGAUAGUGCUUCUCAUUACAAGUCUGAUUGUGCUGCCUUAUAUGGGAGUUCAUGGAGCCUCCUUAGGGGUUGGUUCACUUCUAGCUGGUUUCUUAGGAGAAUCGGCUAUGGUAGCAAUAGCAUCGUGUUAUGUUUAUCGCCAAGAGAAAAAGAAAAGAACACUGGAUACAGCAGCAGCUGAAGGGGAGGACUCUGCAAUGAAUUAUGACGUUGUUCCUGAAGAAAUGUCUGAGGUAGUGGAAUUGGAUGAAGAUGAGUGAGCUGGAUUUACACACUGCGGCAAUCACUCUGGUACUACACUAUGCCCUUCAUUUAUUCUCCCUCUUCCAUUUUAUUUUUCUAGAAGUGUCUAUUGCCAAAGACAACUUCUAAUUGUACUGCAGUAUUGUUUGCACUAUCGGACAGGUGCAGGCAAGGAAGGAUCUCCUAAUGUACAGUGCUGUUCCAUUUCUGCUAUUACAUGGAGGAAGAAAAUAUUAAAGAAAACAUCCAGAAUGUCUUCCACCUUUAGCUUGGCUGACACCUUGCCUCUCAUGAUAUUAGCAACACAUGUGCAACCAAAGCAUCUUUCAUUUGUUUGCUCUCCUGUUGUCCUGUUUUCCAUAAAUCUUUGAAAUGCAAAGGGUAUAUAUUUGGGAAUUUAACUUUAUUUAAUUGUUUAAGUAUUACUUCUUUAAAAUGUUUGUUUGCAGUUAGAUUUCUAGUGGCCUGUGGGAUUUGCUGCCAUAAUGCUGCUGUUCAAGGUGGAGCUUGUCACCAAAACCACAAAGUACACAAUUUAGAAAAAGGUUAAAACAUAUCAAGAUUAUUUUUUUAAUACCAAAAAGUGUUUGAUAACAGAAUUUGAGCAUAAUGAUGUGCGUGGGAUGGUGAUGCAAGUAAAAUGCUAAAUGUGGAGAAAUUAAUACUAAAACAGACAUUACUUGAAUUUCAUAAACUCAUAAUACUAAAAAGGUACGAGGUUAUUAAUACUUGAAAUAUAUAUGUUUUUAAAGUGGUGUGAAAUUUGACAACAUCAAAGUACACAAGUUUGUUACUCACACUAAAAUAUAUGAACUGAUUCAAAGCAUUGUAUAUUGUAAAGAGGGAAUCGUUAAUUCAUUACAGCUCAUUAGAUAGUUUACAUGUGGAAAAAUAGCUAUUUCUUACAAACAUUGAUGACACGUACGUUGCAACUGGGUGCUUGGUAGGGUUCUCUGGAAGAGUGUCACCAGCACAGACUGAACAAUAAUCUCUGUUUCACUGUUCACUUUUCACUGUUUAAGUGGCAUUUCAUUUUCUGCAUGUACAUUUGAAGUUAAAGGAACCUUGAUUUAAAUAUACUCAUCAGUAUUCUAGUUUGAUAAGCCAUUUGAAAAGUCAUUAAAUUUCUUCAGAUAAUCGACCUUUGUUCUAAAUAAUGAAGUUCAUUCUGCCGGUCAUUAUUUUAAUCCAAUUGUUACUACACUUCAAUGGCUUCAGUGAAAAAUAUAGCAAGAAGUUAUAAGGAUGAAAAUCGUUUAUUAUUAAGACCUAUUGAACAAGUGACAACCUUUAAUUUACCUUUGAAGGAAAUUUCUUUGAGAGCCAUAAUGGCUGGCUCUCAGGGACAAGGUUAACAGAAUAAUGCACUGUUAAGGAGCUUUGCUUUUUAUUUAACACUCCCGCACAUGGCCACAAAGUGCCCUAUGAUGUGAUUGGGUGUGGAAAUUUCAAAAUAUCAGCAGAUUUGCUUAAGGAGAAAAACAAAUCACAGCCACUCUUUAGUAAAUCAAUGCGUUUUGUGAGUGUGUGCAAUAGGCACAUACAGGCAAAAUCUGUAGUAAUACCCAAAAUAUUUGGUAAGCAGUUCACCCAUUACUGAAAGGCACAAACUGGCUUGGCAAGAGCAGUGUUUUUAGUCAGGGAAGUAAAAGCCUAUAUUUUUUUUUAAAUUAGUGCAUCAGUGAUCAUUGCUAUACUGAGUGUUUCAAACACUUAUGGUCACAAUAUUCUUCUAUUUAACUUGAAGAGGCCCCUGACAAUAUUAAUUGAAAUUAUCUUGAUGUGAUUCUCAGCAUUAUUGUUACUAAAUAGUUAGAUUAAAUUUUGUGUAAAAAUUAUGAAUGUUGUGUAAAUGAGUGAAGACCUGUUCUCUUUAAUAGCCUAGCUCUACAACAUGCUUUAAAUCUCUUCAAGCAGCGAAAUGUUCCAAAGUUUUCAUUAAUUUAAGGUACCAAUGUGCCCCGUUUAACAUAUAAGUGUAAUUUUAAUAUACCAAAUAUAUUGUUAUUUCCAUAUAUAUAUAUAUCAUGUGUAUUUUCCACAGUAUUAAUUUGAUUUGAAUCCAUUAUUUUGGGCUUAUGAUCUUGUGCUUUUUCAGUUGACUAUUCAAUUAAAAAAAAAACCAUGUUGAUCACUUUUGCAUAGUGCCAUAUGAAACAGUUUGAUGUUUUAUAAAAUAAGAU